AUGGCAGUUGCUAUGUCGCGCACCCUGAAGGCAUCGGCCGUCUCGGAGCGCAUCUACUCGCCGACCCCGUCCAGCGUUUGCCCUACUGAGUCAACAGCUCCAGGCGAGGCCGACCUCGCCGAUUGUGACUCUGAGGGCGAGGGAAGGCCAAGCAGGUGCGAGGGCGAGGUCAGGAGUUGGUCGCAGGUCAGCGAGCGCCUGCGGGGUCUCUUCUGUGAGCUCGUAGAGGAAGACGAUGAGGACAUGGAGUCCCUUGGGGCUCCUUUCGCUCCUUUCAGCAGCGUCCUGUCGCCGAUGGCAGAAGAAAGUUCGGUAGCGAAGUCCUUCUUCGAACAGGAAUCCGCGGAAGGUGAAGAGUGUGAUGUACAGAACGAAUCGCCUCUGGCUUCUGAGGAGCUGCUCGAGCCCAUCUCCGUGAAAGAUUGGCACGCCGUAGGCUGUCGAUUGGCCCACAUCUUACACCAAUGUGCUAUGGAAGACUCGGACGACGAGGAUCUGCCUCAGAACCGCGAGGAUCCCGACGAAGAUGAAGCCGAAGCCGAGCCCGAGCCCAUGUAA